AUGUUGGAAUUUUUUUACACUGGAGAAAUUAAUGCUGCCUUAAUGGAAUGUCAUGUUGAAGGUAUUUUCGCUCUUGCACAUAAGUAUGAUUUGGAAAAGUUGAAAUAUGUAUGUGAGCGUUUUAUGGCUUCUAAAAUAGAUAGCAGCAACAUUGAAAAAUACUGCAAAAUAAUUAGCUUAUAUGGUGCUUCAACUCUUGAAAAACGUAUUAAGGAUAUUUAUGAGUCAAAUAUUAGCAAAAAUUAA